CCUUAUAAUAUUCCCUGAACCGGUGAGUACCGGUCCAUUCAAUUAAUUAUAAAUUCCAUUUCUCAUUUCUCAUUCACAACACAAUUAUUAUUUCCACAAACUUGCAAUUAAUAAUUCUCUGUUUUCUACUCCAGCAAUAGUCUACAAGCGAUACUACUGACUUAGAAUCAUGGCUAGGAAGAUGUUGAUUGAUGGAGAGUUGAGCAAAUCGGGUGAAGAAGAAGCGCAUUAUGACUUUGAUUUGUUCGUAAUAGGUGCUGGAAGUGGUGGGGUUCGAGCUGGUCGAUUUUCAGCCCAAUCUGGAGCUAAGGUUGCAAUCUGUGAGCUUCCAUUUGAUCCUAUCAGCUCUGAAGUUAGUGGGGGAGUUGGUGGAACGUGUGUUAUUCGUGGUUGUGUUCCUAAGAAGAUUUUGGUUUAUGGAGCAUCCUAUGGGCCGGAGCUGGAGGAUGCAAAGAGUUAUGGAUGGGAAGUGAAUGAGAGAGUCAAUUUCAACUGGAAGAAGCUUUUGCAUAAGAAGACUGAGGAGAUUGUACGGUUAAAUGGGAUCUAUAAGAGGCUGCUUUCAAAUGCAGGAGUUAAACUCUUUGAAGGUGAGGGGAGGGUGAUAGGUCCAAAUGAAGUUGAGUUAAUUCAACUGGAUGGCACCAAGAUAACCUAUUCGGCGAAGCACAUUCUAAUUGCAACUGGUAGUAGGGCUCAUCGUCUAGAUAUUCCAGGACAGGAGCUAGCCAUAACUUCAGAUGAAGCCUUGAGUUUGGAAGAGUUUCCAAAACGUGCUGUGAUACUUGGUGGAGGGUACAUUGCAGUUGAGUUUGCUUCAAUAUGGCGAGGAAUGGGUGCAGCAGUGGAUCUAGUUUUCAGAAAGGAACUCCCACUGAGAGGUUUUGAUGAUGAAAUGCGAGCUGUAGUUGCAAGAAAUCUAGAAGGUAGAGGAAUCACUAUGCAUCCCUGCACGACAUUGACUAAGCUUGAAAAAACAGAAGGUGGCAUCAAAGUCCACACAGACCAUGGUGAAGUGAUAUUGGCAGACGUUGUGCUCUUUGCAACUGGUCGUCUGCCUAACACAAAAAGGUUGAAUCUGGAUGCUGUUGGUGUUGAGCUUGACAAGAAGAAAGCCGUGAAGGUAGAUGAGUACUCUCGCACCAAUGUGCCGAGCAUUUGGGCCAUUGGUGAUGUUACUAAUCGAAUGAAUCUUACUCCUGUUGCUUUGAUGGAAGGAACCUGUUUUGCGAAAACUGUUUUCGGUGGAAAGCCUACUAAGCCUGACUACUCAUAUAUCCCAUGUGCCACAUUCUGCAUCCCACCUCUCUCCUGUGUGGGGCUUAGCGAAGAACAGGCCAUAGAGCAAGUAAAUGGCGAAGUUUCAGUUUACACAUCAGCAUUCAAUCCAAUGAAGAACACCAUUUCUGGACGAACAGAGAAGUCAGUAAUGAAGCUUGUUGUUGAUGCGGAGACAGAUAAAGUUUUAGGGGCAUCCAUGUGCGGUCCAGAUGCACCUGAAAUCAUGCAGGGCAUUGCCGUUGCACUAAAGUGUGGAGCAACCAAGGAGCAGUUUGACAGUACAGUGGGAAUACACCCUUCUGCUGCAGAAGAGUUUGUUACCAUGCGUUCAGAGACGAGGCGCGUUUCUAAAAACAAACCAAAGACAAAUCUCUGAAGAUGUAAAGAUGUGAUGAAACUAUUCUACCACAUAAGAUGGAGAUUUCAGGAAGGGGAAAAAAACAACUUCACGCAAUAUUUACAUAUAUAUAUGUACACGAAAAUGGAGUGACGAGAGUACUACACAACCACUCUUCAUCUACAUUAUGCAAUUUCUUUUUUGGUUUUAAUAUGUGGAGGGCCGAUAGAGAAAUAUUGGCUAUAGUAUAAUAUCUGCAUGUUGAAUAAAACUAGUUUGGUUUUUGAUAAUUGUAUUAACAGCAAGUUUCAAAUCUCAGUGAUUUGGUGAUAAGAUUAUAGAUUCAUAAUACAAUUUACGGGUUUAGUAUC